ACGAGUUGGGCAUUUGUCCGAAAGGCGUCACCUCCAACGUGUUUCGCUUUAAUGUGUCCUCGGCAGAGAAGAACAGCACCAACUUGUUCCGCGCCGAGUUUCGGGUGCUGCGUGUGCCCAACCCGAGCUCCAAACGCAGCGAGCAGCGCAUUGAGCUCUUCCAGAUCCUUCGGCCGGAUGAGCACAUCGCAAAGCAGCGCUACCUCAGUGGCAGGAACGUGCAGACACGGGGCUCCCCUGAGUGGCUGUCCUUCGAUGUCACCGAGACCGUGCGCGAGUGGCUUCUGCACAGAGAGUCCAACCUUGGCCUGGAAAUCAGCAUACACUGUCCUUGCCAUACUUUUCAGCCCAACGGGGACAUCUUGGAGAAUUUGCAUGAGGUCUUGGAGAUCAAGUUCAAAGGCAUUGACAGUGAGGAUGACUAUGGCCGUGGGGACUUGGGGCGCCUGAAGAAGCAGAAGGACUUGCAUAAUCCCCACCUCAUCCUGAUGAUGUUACCCCCACAUCGGCUGGAAAGCCCAACGUUGGGAGGCCAGAGAAAGAAACGGGCCCUGGAUACCAACUACUGUUUCCGGAACCUGGAGGAGAACUGCUGCGUGCGUCCUCUGUACAUCGACUUCCGACAGGACCUUGGCUGGAAAUGGGUCCACGAGCCUAAGGGCUACUUCGCUAACUUUUGUUCGGGCCCUUGUCCGUAUCUCCGCAGUGCAGACACCACUCACAGCACGGUGCUGGGCCUAUACAACACGCUGAACCCCGAGGCAUCCGCUUCGCCCUGCUGUGUCCCCCAGGACCUGGAGCCACUCACUAUCUUGUACUAUGUUGGGAGGACCCCCAAAGUGGAGCAGCUCUCCAACAUGGUGGUGAAAUCCUGCAAGUGCAGCUGAAAGGCACCCUGGCCCACCCAAAGCCAAGAGAGAAACUGUCAGCACCCACUCUCCUGCUCCCAGGAUAACACGAAAGGAACUGGGGGUCAGAGACUACGCAUGCUGAGGGCCGAGUGCCAGACCCUGCGGCUUAGGGUUUGGCAGUCCUUGGGGAUCUCUUCUGGAACAUUUCUUGGUCUUGUUGGCAGUGUCAUCAUGUUCCUUCUGGGAGUUACUUUGGUGACACGAAGGCCACGCUCUCCAAAAUGGCUGGACAGUUGGUGCGGAAGAGAAGGACAGGGUGGAGGAACUGCUGUGUGUCUGGAUGCUGAGUGGUUGCUCUGGGAAAGCAAGGGAAUGAGAAGGAGCAGGUGAAAGGGAGAGUGGAAAUGGGGAGAUGAUUUCUAUUCUAGCUUUAGCUAUCUUAGGACCUCAGCCCUCCCCACUGACGUGAAGAAUUAAAGGUACCCCCUGUAGGAGGAAACCCUGAAAGUUUAGAGAAAAAAAUGCACCAAGAAGGGAAGCUGCUGAGAGAAGAAAUGCUCAGAGAUACACUCAGACUUUUGUUCCUCAGAGCUG